AGCUCCUGAAAAAGAGAGAGACAAGAGAUCAAGCAAGGAUGAAGAAAUUCAAAGGGGGUCUGUGCCUUGUGCUGAAGAUGAUGGAGUGGUUUUCUCCAGUAUUAGAGUAACACACAAAGAAGGAGCAGCUGCGGCGGCAGAUGCAGAGAAUGCCUCAGUUUGGUUAACAGGGACACUUGGAGAGAAGAUAAAAACCUUUUAUGUCUGCAGGCUGGUGGAGGUCAGGUGGAAAUAAAGGGAUUGGAUUAAAGCACAAGGCUCCCAACCCAGCUCCCUGUCUAUGACUCACUAAAAUGCAGCUUAGCCAGUGAUCAAGCUGUGAGGGGCCACGAUCACACACUGGGACUGCAGGCCUGCCCUUCUGCUCUGACCCUGCAGCUGGAGGUGCCGCCGGGAGCAUGAGUGUGGGAAGGAUCAAUCGCUACAGCAUUGUGUCAUCAGAGGAAGAGGGUCUCCGCCUCACUACCAUGCAUGGCAUGAACGGCUUUGGCAAUGGCAAGAUCCACACACGCCGCAAGUGCCGCAACCGCUUCGUCAAAAAGAAUGGCCAGUGCAAUGUGCAGUUUGCCAAUAUGGACGACAAGUCACAACGCUACAUGGCUGAUAUCUUCACCACAUGUGUUGAUAUUCGCUGGCGAUGGAUGCUGGUAGUCUUCACACUUGUGUUUGUUCUCUCCUGGCUGGCCUUCGGCUUAGCCUUUUGGGUCAUUGCUUUGCUGCAUGGCGAUCUGGAUAACCCAGCCGGAGAUGACAACUUCACUCCAUGUGUCCUACAAGUCAAUGGAUUCGUGGCUGCCUUUCUAUUCUCCAUUGAAACACAGUCUACCAUAGGUUAUGGCUACCGCUGUGUGACUGAGGAGUGCCCAGUGGCUGUCUUUAUGGUGGUCUUCCAGUCCAUAGUGGGCUGCAUCAUUGACUGUUUCAUGAUUGGCGCCAUCAUGGCCAAGAUGGCGAGGCCUAAGAAGCGAGCGCAAACACUGUUGUUUAGCCACAAUGCGGUAAUUGCCAUGCGGGAUGGAAAGCUGUGCCUCAUGUGGAGGGUAGGGAAUCUUCGCAAGAGCCACAUUGUUGAGGCGCAUGUCAGGGCACAGCUCAUCAAACCUCGGAUCACAGAUGAGGGGGAAUAUAUUCCUCUAGACCAGAUAGACAUUAAUGUGGGCUUUGAUAAAGGCUUGGACAGGAUUUUCUUGGUUUCACCCAUCACUAUUCUUCAUGAGAUAGAUGAGGAGAGCCCCCUUUUUGGGAUCAGCAAACAGGACUUGGAGACAGCAGACUUUGAGAUUGUCGUCAUCUUGGAGGGGAUGGUUGAAGCAACCGCCAUGACCACGCAAGCUCGCAGCUCCUACUUGGCCUCUGAGAUCCUUUGGGGUCACCGGUUCGAGCCAGUCUUGUUUGAGGAGAAGAACCUGUACAAGGUGGAUUACUCUCACUUUCACAAAACCUACGAGGUGCCGUCCACCCCCCGCUGCAGUGCCAAGGACAUGGUGGAGAACAAGUUCCUAGUCCCCAGCUCUAACUCCUUCUGUUACGAAAAUGAGCUGGCCUUCCUAAACCGCGAUGAUGAGGAGGAGGAUGUAGGUGGUGGGAGCAGGGCACUGGCGAACCUCAGUCCAGACCGGAACAGCCGACAUGAGUUUGAACGCUUACAAGCCACCAGGGCACUGGAUCAAAGGUCAUAUCGUAGAGAGUCGGAAAUAUGACCUCUACCCAUGACCCUGGGUUAACUUUCAAUAAUCUUAUCCAAGGGUAAUAAUGCAGAACAAUGCAAAGUGCCAUAGGAAAAGCUGACUACUGUGAAAGAUUGGAAAAGAAAUAGGACGACAAUAAAAGGGACUUAUCUGGAAGGAAAGGGGGAAAGCAAGAGUACACAGCUUAGAAAUUGUGGUGAGGAAUGUCUACAAUCAAGGAAAAGGCUAGAGAAAGACCUUCUUCCUUCAUGGAAACUUGAAUCUUUUUUCACAUGGUCAUUUUGAGUUAAGAGUGUUCAAUGAUAGAGCAUCAAAAACUAUUAUGACAGAACCUUGUAAUCAAAUUUUAGGUGUAAAUACAUUACUUAGGUAAGUUAUGUUUUGUGUGCAGUAUCAGUUUCCAAAAGCACCUCUAAAAAAUUAGAAGUUGCUAUUUCAACUUGUUCUUGGGCACAAAUAACAGUGUUACAAGGCUUCUCUUAAGCUCUCCUUGCAUUGCUGUAAUUUGCUGGACCUGCGUUCAGUGACACGUUGAAAAUUCAUGCACUGUAGAAUUCAGAUGCAAUGAGCCAUGACAAAACAUCUGACCAUGAGCCACUUAGAACAACAUAAUUCAACACCUUCAUUUUGGUAUUGAUGUGAUCCCAAAAUCUACCAAUAUAGGGAGAAUAGGCUAAAUUAAUUGCACUAUAAAGAACAUGAAGGAAUAUGUUGAACAGAUAUAUAACUGUAUAGAGAAACACUAUUUAUAUAAUCUCUUAAUGCCUCAUAUUUUAAUCUUCUCUUAAAAACAAACAUCUUACAAGCCACUAACAUCAUACUUUGGCUGUACUAGCCUAUAAAUAUUGCUAAGUAGUCAGGUAAAGUAAAACUAAAGCACAAAUAGUGGACAACCAACUUAAACAAACAUUUUGUAGUUUCACAAAAUUUCAUUUUUGCAAGAUACAUGAUGCAAUAUUCAGGUCUGCAUUGAUCAAAUUGAUAAAUAAAUAACAGCAAUUUGUACUUUGUAACCCCACUAAGAAAUGCACCUUAAAGUCUACCUUUACUUUCACAACUUGAAAAAUAAACUAAGGUAAACUAAAACCUGUAUGUUAGCAGUAUUUAAAAAGUUUUCUUCCAUUUCAUUUGGAAAUUAAGACUGUAACAUCUGGCAUAAAUUGAUCACAAUUUGUUUCUGUUCUCUUUAAAAAUGAAUCUAUGCAUAUUGUUAAAUGUAUCAGGGGAUAAGAAUUGAGUUCUGGGUGAGAUGAAAUUAUGUAUUGACAUUGCUUUAGUAAAUGCCUAAUGCUUAGAAAAACAGCCUUUAAAAAAAAUAAACCCAAUUUCCCAAUAGUAGCUGUUUACAUUUAUCUAAUCUAUUUGACAAGAGAUAAACUUAAAUAUAUUUAAAAAUUUUCAAUUUUCAUUUUCCUGAUGCAUUUCUUUCUGAUGCCAGAGAGUUGCCCUAUCAUCAAGCUGAAUUCGAAAUGUAAGGCCUGGGUGUUUCUAAGCACCCAACAAACAUCCACUUCAAAUGCUAAACAAACAAGUGCCAUAAGGGCAGAAGUGUCCACAGCACUAUGCACGAUAUGGUAAUUAGGUUUUCCAAACAUAUAAGCCAAUUUACAGUAACUGGGCCUACAUUUCUAUUCAUUUAACAUCAACAGUGAGUAAAUUUAGCUACUCUCUAUAAUGUUAAUGACAGAGUUAGUCUGUUUCUAAUUUUACCUGGGUUAUAGACAAGACAAGAUAUUAUUCAAUUAUUAUAUGACAAAUGUAUCCUUUAACGAGUAAAAUGAAUGGGCCCAACACUAUGUUAUGGCUAAAAACCUGUUAUUACUGUCAUUCCUGUCCAAACAUAUACAUGAGCAAAAGCACUGCAAAGACAAAAUCACUCACUCCUUUCUCCCUCCUCAUAUUGAUCCCUCUGGCAUUUACAAACAUCACACACUGUAGACAUCUAAAUGCAUUUCUAGCAAUAUGCUAACAUGGUGAAUUACGACACUGGACCAAGGUCUGAAUGGAAGCAAUAAACACUGAAGCACAUCUUUCGGAAUAAUUUUAGUAAGCAUAUUCUUAAUGUUUCUCUUGUAAUACAGUGAACAAGCAUAUUUAUAACUCUUGAUUCACAGAUAACAAGUGAACGUAAUGGUGUGAGGAGAAUGACCCUACGUUUUUUUGUUUUUAUUGUACUUGUAUGCAUAUGAUUUCUUUGUGCAGAUGUUUAACUCAGAUUUGAUACCAAAGUAAUGGAGUGUAGCUGAGACCCAAGUUUUAAAGUGAUUGUUCUUAAGGUAAUCUAAAAACAGUUUAGACUGAUAUUGAAAAAUGGGUAGUCAUAUGCCAAAAAGGUGUCUGAAUCCCCAGUUUGUAAAUGGUCUCUUUACAGAUUUCGUUCCUCAUUAAUUAAAGCAAAUUCCUGUUCAAUCAAAACUCAAAACAAAAUCGAUUAAAACUUAAAGUUGUAUUUAUAGAUUCAAUCAUUUGCUAUCACUAUAUACAGUAGUUUAAGAGACAAAAUUAUAAUGCAUGACAACUUUUUUUCUUCGGCAUGGACAAUAGAAUUUUAAAAUGAUCCUUUAUUCCCUCCUGAAACAAUUUCAGUUAACUUUCGCACAUAAAACUUUAUAUAUGUGUAAAGAUGGCAACCUACUGGAUGUGGUGAAAAUCUACGACAUGAAAACAAAGAGGAGAACCAUAAAAUGGUUGUUAUGUUGGUCACAAUGACUAAUAUUUUCCUAAUAGUCAUUUAACUCUAGCAGUAUGUUUGACUCUAUGAUAUCCCUUGGUUAUAUGUUGCUUUUUUAGAGUAUUGUAGGAUGUAAUAAAAUUUGUCUAAUAAGUGAAGCGUUCUUUACCCAACCCUAAACAUUUAUUAUGCUCAUUGCCUUCUGAGAAGGUUCUAUACACUGAUGUGUGAAGCCUCUGCACCUACUCACAAAAUUUCAGUGGUAAAAAAAAAAGGUGAAGCGUCAUCAGCUUCUAUGCUGCAUCACUGAAAUGCAUAGUUUAAUCAUUUCUUUUUGUUUUAUUUCAGAGAUUGUUUUAACUUUGAUGUUGCCCACCUGAGCCCUUAAAAAAGAAACACAUAAAAGUUUUAGACAAAUAGGUUUAUAGUGUAAAAAAAACAUAGUAACAUUAUAAAAAUUAUAAUAGGGAGCAGUCAGGCUGAACAAACCUGCUUAUUUUUAUACAAAGUUCUUUUUGAUAGAAUAUAGCAAUCAAUAUUUAUCUGUUUUUAUCAGAGUAAUACAAUGGAAUCACUAUUGAGAGGCAACAAUUUGAUUCUUGUCUCAGUUUUCAAUGAUUUAAUUUCUGUUGUUUCAUUUCAGCACAGAUGCUCAUGAUUAAACAGGUAUUUCUCUUAAAGGGAUGAUUGGAAAAACCUUUGACCUCUGUAGAAGUCUUCCUAUGUCCAGCGAAAUGUCUACUGGGCUUUUGAGUUUAAUUUAAAGUCAUUUAAAUUAUUCAAUUAAAAACUAAUUGUGAAAAAAAGAU